ACACAUGGGUGGCGUUGCCACUGGGCCGCAAUCCACUGUCAUUUUUAGUGCUUCUGUGCCCUGUCAAGUUGGCAUUCCCAUAGCUGACUUUUAUUUGUGAGCUCCGAAAUCACCGACUACCAUGGCCGACAAAGCUGCUGCUGAGAAACCCGCCGGACGCCCCAUGCGCUAUCCGUACACCUUCUCGGCGAAGAUAGCCCAAUUCCCCAUCAAGCACUACAUCAAGAACCAGUGGAUCUGGCGCUACUACUUCAUUGCGGCCGUGGCCUGCGUGCCCGUGUUCUACAAGAUCAGCAAAUUGGCCAACUCCCCCGAAAACAAGAAGGCAUGGGCCGAGUCCCAGGCCAAGGAGCAUGCCGAGCACCACUAAAGGGCCACUAAGUUAGUCUUAAUUCUUGCAUCAACAUUUCAAAGCGCUUUGUGUUGGAUUUAACGUGAAAUCGGCGAAUAAAUGAUUUGAUUCGAGGUUA